AUGCGUGUACGAGAGCGAGAGGCCAGCUAUGACAAUGACAUCGCAACAAAUUGGAAACAAAAUGUUGACAAACAACUACCAAAUAAUCGAUGCCCAAACUACGAAAACCAAAGGGUGUUAUUACAAACACCGUCUCCGCAAAUGUUAUCGCCUGUCGAAUAUCAGCAACAGUUGCCGACAAAGCGGCCUUUGGCACCAGCUCCUGAACGCCAAACUGUUCUGAUUUCUCAACAACCACCAGCUAAAAGGAAAGCAUAUCAAAACCAAAAUUAUGGAAUCCAACCUGCUUCAGUUGCCCGCAGGAACGCUAGGGAAAGAAAUCGUGUCAAGCAAGUCAAUAAUGGUUUUGCAACUUUACGUCAACAUAUUCCUAGUUCCGUAGCUACUGCUCUAUCAGCGGGUCGUGGCGCUUCGAAAAAACUUAGCAAAGUCGAUACUUUGCGAAUGGCAGUUGAGUACAUUAGAGGUCUUCAACAAUUAUUAGAUGAAGUUGACGGCAAUAACAGGGACGUUGACAGAGAAGUUGCAAGGGAAAGCAGCAUGAUGGUGCAAACUCCACCUUGUUCGGAAUCAUCAGCUUCACCUACACCUUCUUUUGCUUCCGAUGGAAGUUUGGGAGGACAAGCUUAUCCUGCAGUUAGUACAGAUUUGCAAUUCAGGGACUCCUACGAUGCCUAUGAACCAAUGAGUCCAGAAGACGAAGAACUUUUGGAUGUCAUAUCUUGGUGGCAACAACAAUAA